UUUAAAUUACCCACCAGGAAAUAUGUGGCUGUAUGAGUAUGCUUAAUUCAUACUCAUUCGAAGUGAGCUGGGGCUGUUUUCUCCCCCUCCCUUCUUGCCUCCCCGUUCAUAUAACCCAGGCUGCCUCCAGACUGCCUUUGCCCACUUGACUCACUGGCCGUGAGCACGGAAAGGUGCAGAGUCGCCAAGAAUGGGCACUUUCUUCUCUGAGCCAGGGUGGCUCUGCCUGACUGUCACCGCAGUGCUGGGAGGAACAAUUCUUUGCAAACUCAAGACGAGCCCAGGGCAGGUGGGGAGAAAGGUGGUCUGCCUGGCGGGCCUCUGGGGAGGCGCUUGCCUGAUCAGCCUGUCCCUCUUCUGGGGCUUGGUUCUCUUCUCCCUGUCAUAUUUCGUCAUGUAUACUUACUUUUCUGGCCAAGAGUUGUUACCUGUGGAUCAAAAGGCGGUGCUGAUAACAGGUUGCGAUUCUGGGUUUGGCCAUGGUUUGGCCAAGUAUCUGGACGAGCUGGGCUUCACUGUAUUUGCUGGAGUUCUGGAUGAACAGGGGUCCGGAGCAGAGGAAUUACGAAGAACCUGCUCCAAGCAUCUCUCUGUGCUCCAGCUGAACAUCACCAACACGCAGGAGAUACAAGAGGCCUACAGCAAAGUGAAGGAGAAGGUGCAGAACAAAGGACUGUGGGCUGUGAUCAACAACGCUGGAGUCCUUGGCUUACCAACCGAUGGGGAACUCAUUCCCAUGACCGAAUACAAACGAUGCAUGGCCGUGAACUUCUUCGGGGCCGUGGAAGUCACGAAGGCAUUUCUGCCUCUUCUUAGAAAAUCCAAGGGGAGGCUGGUGAACAUCAGCAGCAUGGCAGGAGGGGUUCCAAUGCAGAAGAUGGCAGCUUAUGGCUCAUCCAAGGCAGCUCUGAUCAUGUUUUCAUCAAUCCUUCGACAAGAGCUGUCCAAAUGGGGAGUUAAAGUCUCUGUCAUCCAGCCCGGAGGCUUCAAAACAAACAUCUCAGGCACGAGUCAAAUGUGGGAGACACUGGAGAGAACUGUCCUGGACAACCUUUCCCCUGAAGUGCAAGAGGACUACGGCCAGGACUAUAUCCUCAGCGAACGUAGUCUUCUCAGGUUAAUGAAAACCUGCACUGAUCCGGACAUCUCCCCAGUGCUCCUGGACGUUCGGCAUGCCAUCUCUGCUCAGAGCCCCUUUGCAUUUUAUGCGCCGGGGAAAUUGUCUUAUCCAUGGCUCUGUUUUGCUUCCUUCAGCCCUACUGGCAUAUUUGAUUAUCUUAGCAGAAAAAUAUAUAGCUAUGGUAAGAAGAUGCCAAGAGUAUUAAGCACAUCUAACUGGGAGAAUGAGGCUAUGUAGGCAACUCAGUGGAAAAUGUUAAACGUCUUGGAAUAAAAAGAAAUCUCAAGCUUCUCAUUAAAGUUGUGGUUUCCCACCUUGCA